GUAGUGGUGAGGCUGCGGGCUGGGCCGCGGCGUGCGAAGGGACGGGGGUCCCGGGAACGGCUGCCCUGCCCUGCCCUGCCCUGCCCGCCUCCGCGGGAAGGAGGGAGGUGUCGUGGUCGCCGUGACGGCGUCUCGUCGCCCCGGCCCCGCGCGGGGGGGCAGCGCUAUGGGCUGCCAGGCUGGCCCCGGCCUCGGCUCGCUCGGCGGGCUGACCCUCGGCGGCGGCUGUUAGCAGAGAGGUGCGGGAGGUUCUGCCGCAGUUCCCUUUGCUAGGACCGACAGUUUGCUGGAGUGUGGCCGUGCAGUGGUGCCCUGCACCGUGGAGUUGCACGUGGCAUUGCACGGAUACGCCUGGUCUUUUUGAAAGAUCUGUCGGUAUGGAAGAUAAUGAGAUCAGUUAUAGUAAGGAAGAAGAGCAAAGAUCUCCUCUACCAUUUCCAGAAGAGGAAGAAAAAGAAGACAAAGCUGGUCAGUUCUCUAAUGUGGAAGAACACUGGGAAGAAUACAAGCGUGAAGAAGAGUUUGCUGGUGUUGGCAAGAUGGGAAAAAAGGAUGCUUCUGAAGAAGUUCGAGGCAAAUCUAACAUAACAUCGGGAGCUGUUGGAAAAAGAAAAGUUUGUCUGCUGAAGAAUAUCAGUGGUAGAUUGGAGAGCUUGGAACACUAUUUGGGCGACGUUAAUAAUAUUCAGGCUAUGAAGUAUAGAGAUAGAAUUUGCAUAUUAACCUUACAGAAGAACCUAAAAGAGCUCAAUGAUGUAGCCAAAGAAAAGCAACUUGUGGUCCAAAAAGCCAGAGACAAGCUGAGUACCUGUCAGCUGCGGAUCAAGAUGCUAGCAAAGCAGCUGGAGUGUGUAGACAUUGAAAUAGAGAAAGAGGAGGAGGCUGGCAAUGUCGCAGCCUUGUCCCGCCUUCAGGCAAUGCACAGACGACUGUGCACUGAACUGGAGAAAGAGAAGGAUUUUGAGUUGAAAAUUGCCUUGACACUAAAAGAAAACAUAAGGCAACAGCAUGAAAAAAAUGCAAAGGAAGAAGUGGAAACUCAGGAGCAUAUGGAGAGAAGGAUACAAGCUGUGCUUUCCCUGAAAACCAGCAUAACUUCCAAUAGGGAAAAACUCCAAACUCUCCAGGUUUGGAACAAAGCAAUGGCCUUUGAGGCAAAGCAGCAGGAGAUGAAAAUGAGGGAAGCUAUCCUGGCAGAAGGAGGCAAUGUUGCCAAGGAAAUUUUUCUCCAUAAACGACUGCUAGAGCAUGAAAAAGAGAAACAAGCUUUUAGAGAACAGCAAAAAUCAAGAAAAAUUGAGAUUGUAUCUCAAAUUUUGCAAGAAAAAGCUUCUAUUCACAAGCAGAGAAAAAGUCACUCCCGUACUAAGGCAAUUAAGGGUGGUGGUAAACUUGAGGAUUCUUUACUCUGGAGAAUGAAAACAUGGCAAUAUAUUGAGAAGACCUGCAAACAUUCAGCUGGAGCAAUAUCACAGGUUUUUCCACAAAAGUCGUGGUGCUCUCCAUCAGCUUGUUCCUCAGCUGGUGAGAGAACUGCUUCUGUAAGAGAGAUUGCUGAAAAAAUACCCCAUGAAGUGCUCUGUGAAAGUGGUGAAGAUAAGGAAGAGAGGGACAAGACCCUAGUAGAACCAGAGUUCCCAGGACUUUGGAGUCAGGAAUGUGACUUGCACAAGAUAUCCAGAGAAGAAACAGAUCCAAAGCAGCUGGCUACAAGGGUAGAGAAAAAAGAAAUUUUUGAGAAAAAAAUGGAGGAAUUCAAACCUGGAAUUCUUCACAAGCAAAUACUGUCUGGUUGUGAACGUAAGGGACGUACUUUCUAUAGUAAACCAAGCUGCAUUCAUUUCAAGGAUUUUGACGUUGGUCAAGUCUACAAAAAGAAGAUAGUUUUGAUAAAUGCAUCCUAUGGUGUUAAUUUCUGCAGACUAGUGGGAAUCAGUGAAUGGCUCAAGGACUUCAUCAGUAUUCAUUUUGACCCACCUGGCAAAAUGUCUGCUGGAAUGUCCUGUGAAAUAGUGGUAACAUUUAAGCCAAUGAUAAAUGAAACUCUGGAAGGAGAAGUGAUGUUUAUGGCACAGACAGGUUCUUUUUCUGUUCCAUUGAAAUGUACAGCCAAGAGAUGCAUUCUGGCACUAGAUAAAGAGCUCAUUGACUUUGGCAGCCAUGUAGUGGGAGAGACAAUUUCACGGACCAUCAACCUGACAAACAGUGGAGCUUUGGGAACAAGAUUCAAAGUUCAGACAUCAGCAGGUGACAGUAGCUCAUGCAGAGCAGCAGCAAAAUCUUCUCCUGGAAGAAUGGUUACUCGACAUCUCAGUGACUACAUCACUGAAAAGAAAGUCAGCAAUAGUCCUGUGACAUCUGUAGUUGAAAAGGAGGAACAAAUUUGUCCUGACCAUAGUGAAGAAGUGACCUACUGUGUAACCCCGGUGGAGCAGCAGAGGACUGAGAUGAGCCUGAGCAGUUGUCCCACAGAACAACUUGGUCAAGAUGUAUUAAAUUCCAGAUCAGAUCUAGACACAGACAAUGCAUGUAAUUUAGUGGAACUUUCUCCUGAAGAAACACCAGUUGAAAUUAUGCUUGGAAAGGUUACUGAAGGUGAAGUUGGACCCUUCAGCUCAGUCAAACUUCAGAUUAUAUUUGUCCCAGCUGUCCCUGGGGAUGUGCGGGCAGAGUUUGUGAUCACGUUUGACAACUCAGACUGCAAACCACUGUGCUUCAGUGCCAUUGGAGUUUCUAUUGAUGUGCCAGUUUGGGUGUGCAAUCCCAACAUUGAUUUAAAGAUCUGUAUGUAUGACCGACUUUAUCAGGAUUGCAUUGUCAUUCAAAGCAGAGCAAAAACCACACUGCGUUUGAAGUUUGAAGUAUGCAAAGAAUUGAGUAAGCACAUGGAGCUGCUUCCAAAAACAGGUUACAUUCAAGCUCAGUCAUCCUUCAGUGUGCAACUGAAGUUUCUGCCCAGGCACUCUCUUCCUGAAGAUGCAGGGAGCUAUUUUAAUGAAGAGACAAGAAUUCUGGAAGUGCCAGUGACAAUACUGAUUGUGGAUAAGGCUAAAAAAGUUAAUGUUACUGUCCAUGCAAUUGUUACUACUUCUGAUUUGGAAAUCAGUCCAGCACAAAUCAAUUUUGGAUACUGCACAAUCUAUGAAGCUGUGCAGGCAAAUGUCACGCUAACAAACAAAUCCAUCUUGCCACAAGAGUUUGGAUUUGUGGGACUUCCAGAGUUUGUUGAAAUUCAACCCAGUGAUGGACUUGGAAUUCUUCUUCCCCUUGAAAGCCUGAGGUUGGACAUAAUCUUUAAAGCUAACAAGGCAAAAGAGUACAGCUUUGAACUAACCUGCAAGUCAGAGAUUAAUAGACAAUUCAAGCUGUCAUGCAAAGCAGUUGGAGUCCACCCACCUCUUGAAUUGUCUCAUUCCUUAGUUCAGUUUGCUGCAACAGCUUUAAAUGGUGUGUCUACAGCAACUCUGUAUGUGAUGAAUUCCCACGUGAGUGUCAACCACUUUACUCAUGCCGUCCCAAGAAUUGGCAAUGGGGAAGUUGCCCCUGUUGGACCCACUUCAUUUGAAUUCUGUGUGCCAGAAGACUGUCCAGUGACAAUCACGCCUUCUGUUGGAACUGUGUUGCCUGGGAAGAAAAGCUUGAUUCAAGUGUCCUUCAGACCAACAUUGUCAGAUCAGCUAAUCAGAGAAGAGGCAGUUCGGAGGCUUUGCAGAGCAGCUGCGACAGGGGCAGAAAUACAAAAAAGGAAGGAAGAUGAGAAAAGAGAGGGAAAGAAAUUAAGCAUUUCCAUUACCAGGCAGCAGUCUUCCAGACAGCUUGUAAGGGAUGGAGGCAGUAAAUACCUGACUUCCCUACAUAGUUCUGAACAACCAAAAUCCGAAGAGUUAAAGCCUGAUUCUGAUGCUUAUAUGGCAGCCCAGGCUUUCCUGAUGAGGAAUUUCAGUGGGAGGUUUGAAAAAUACAUCAUACCAUGCUUUGUUGCAAGUGGACAUAUCGAUGAAAAGAAAGGCUCUCAAAACCUAAGCUACAGCCCUUACAACACCUUGUAUUUGGAGUUGCACUGUCCAGCUGUAGCACCAUCUGUUGUGGUCACUUCAGAUAACGGAAAAAACACAGUAAAUUUUGGUGAUGUUGCAGUAGGCCACAGAACGUUGAAGCAAAUUACAAUACAAAAUAUCUCCCCAGAGAAGCUGGAACUAGGAUUCUCAGUUCUGAAUCCCAAUGGUCCCUUCCUGUUGGUCAGACCAGUUGGAAUGCUUGAGCCAGGUGAAAGUAAAACCCUCAUCAUCUCUUUUUGUCCAAAUGAGAAUAAAUGGUUUUUUGAAAUGUUGGACAUCCGGACGGCAAAAACCAGUCUAACCCUAAGUAUGACUGGUCACGGUGUGAUGCCAUCAAUUGUUUGCUCUGUAGGAGAAGUACUCGAUAUGGGAUAUGUCAUAGCCAGAGAGAAGGUGACUUCCACAUUCAAGAUACAGAACACUUCCACGCUGACCCUGCGAUACUCCAUACAACUUGAUUCGCUUUCAUCAACAAGGGACAAAGAUCAGCAGAGACUUCCAUCCUUUAUUACGUCCUCUUUGCAAAGAACGGAGUUUGUUGGAACACAAAACUAUAACGGCUUAAGUGUGUUCAGCAUCUUUCCAACAGAAGGAGAAAUUCUUGCUGGGAAGAGUCAGGAUUUUAUUGUGACUUUCAGUCCUGAUCAUGAAAGUCUGUACUAUUCUGACCGCCUCAAGGUUGUGCUUUUCAGCAAGAAAAUAGCCCAUGUAAUCCACCUAAAGGGUGCAGCAAGAGAUCAUCCGAUGUUUGUGGAAGGGGGAAUUCCACUUGAUGUGCCCAUCGAGUCCCUGGCUGGAACAUUACCUAUGUCAUCACAGGGAGCACUAAAAGGAGAGGUACAAGAACCAGUGAAGUCCAUUCUCCUCAUUCUGGAGUACAUCGAGGGAGAGAGUUCUCCAGUGCCAGCAAUGACAGAACUGAAAAUUGGAGCUAUACAGACAGCUCAGUUUGCAUCUAAGAAUAUGGAGUUCAGUUUUGAUGGCCUGUCACUCCUGCAGCAGAAGGGAUUCGCUAUUGACUUUGUGAAGGGAACCAUUAAGCCUGGUCAAGUGAAAUGCAUCAGUGUUUCUUGGGUGCCACCUGCUGACUUUCGUGCUGAUGACCCUCUCCUUGAGACAGCCCUCCUGACCUUGAAAAGUGACAUUAAGGAAUCUUACCAAAUUCUCUUCAUGGCAAAAGUUGUGUCUGCAUAUGCUCCCUCUCAGUGAGGGACCCAAGCUAAAUGGAAAGGAAGAUGGAGGCUUAUAUUACUGGAAAAUCAGCAGAUCUUGGUUGAAACAUGGAAAGACUUUGAAAUUGUUGCAAAUGUGUGAGGGGAGCAGAGAAGCAGGAAGGAAGGUGACAUCUAAUAUUUCUGCUUUUUUUUCACACAAAAUUCUGUGUAAACUCUGGUUUGACUAAUUUCAUUUUCAAGCUGACUCUGACAGUAAUCUUGUGGUAGAAGAAAGAAUUGAGUGGCCAAGUAGAUAUAUCUGCUGUUAAUCACAGUGUCUUCCAAAGGUGGGCAUUCCCUUAGGAGGAAUGUCUUUUUUACAUCUACAUGAGUGAGUUUCAAACAACAUAUCAUUUUCCAAUUUCAGAUGCAUUUUAAUGGAUUUGGAAAAUCCUUGAGGGUUUUUCCUCUUAAGACCAGAAUAAAGCUUCUUACUCGAGUUUCCUUCAAAUCAUUUGGGCAGUCAUUUUUACAAUACACUACGAAAUCUUCCUGAUGACACAUGGUCAAGGACGAAAUAGUAACCAUGCUGUUCACUGAAUUGCUGGAUAUGGUUAUGCACUUGCCCUAGAUCAUGUCUGUCCAGGAACUUUGUAUUUCUGUAUUUGUUUUCCUCUGAAUUCUAAGAGCAGAUAUCUGCCUGUUACUGGGGACGUGGGAGUACCCUGCAGGUA